AUGGCGGGAGAGUGUUACAUGAGACCUAAUUCUGGACAUAUGGUUGCAAAUACUUGGAGACAGGACAAAGAAAAUGACAGGGAUUCAACACCUCAUAAAGGUCCAACGGCAACUUUAUCUCCCAGGAAAAGCCCAAGGCUGAUUGAAAAAGCUAAGAGGACGGUUGGUGUUAGUUUAACUAAGAUGGUUCUGGAUUUUGAGAACCAUGUUGAGGAGCCGACACAGGCUAGCAGUCAGGUAAUUGUGAAUCUAGAUGAUGAUUCACUAGGUACUGAAUUCUGGAAAUCAGCCGCGAAUAAAGUAGAUGUUGUUGAAGAAGCUGUCAAUGCGACUAAGGAAUCAGUGUUGCACCUUCAGAAUCUUAAUGCAGAUGAUUGUCACCCGGAAGACCAACCAUGGAGCCAACCACUCAUAUACAGUGAGGGUGAAGAUGAUGCUGAUUGGAAGGAGUUUUUACACAAUUUUAGUAUGAAAAGCAGUGCUGGUAAGGAUAGUGAGGAAGACGAUGAAGAUGAUCAUUAUGACCGGUUGUUGGAGACGGAUGAUGAAGUUGAAGUUUUCAAAGAAGUUAAGGAACCACUGAUUGAUUUUGAGAUUGAAAAUGGUAAAGGGAAGGAAAUUGCUAAUGGAUCGGAAGAUCAUUAUGGUCCUGAAAUGGUUGGUAGGCCAUUACCUAAUCAUGAAGUUAGAGUGGUUGAUAAUGGGCAACAUUGGUUUGAUGACAGUGAUUUUGAAGAUUUCCUUGUUGCUGCUGAUUCAGUGGAUAAUGAGUUAUUCCCUGAACCAGAAAAUGAAAUACAAGUUGUAGUUGAUGACAGAAUUGAUGAGGGGAUGGAAUUUCCAGACAAGACCGCUUUUAAGAGACAUCUCAGAAAUAUGUAUCUACUAGGACAGAAUGCAGGUUUAGUAAGAGUGAUAAUAUUAGAAUCAAGGCGUGUGUGUAAAGGCUUUGGAGAGCCCAUUCUAUGUCCGUGGUAUAUAUCUGCAAGGAGGAUCCCUGGUGAGGCGACUUGGAGCAUAAGAGAUUUUCACUUGCACCACACUUGUAUUGGGGAUCCUUAUGGGAGGAAUUCAUGUGCAAAUCCAGAAUUUGUAGCUCAACAUGUGAUUAACAAGCUAAGGGAGUCACAUGUAAAGAAUGUACCUAAACCUUCUGAGAUUGCUGCCGAGUUUUGGACAAGCCACAACACCUUGAUCCCGUAUCACGUUGCAUGGAAGGCUAGAAACAAUGUGUUGGAGAGGAUAAACGGAAGCUUUGAUGAGAGUUUUAGACUCAUACCAAGUCUGUGUGAAAUGAUCAAAAGGACUAAUCCCGGAUCAAUUGCUACUUUCACUUACGGAAGAGACAAUCGAUUUGAAUCUGUGACUAUAUCUUUUGAUGCCCCAAUGAGGGGUUUUAUAAAUGGUUGUAGAAAUGUGGUUGGGCUGGAUGGUUGUCACCUGAAGGGAAAGUAUGGUGGUUGUCUACUAUCUGCCACUGCUCUUGAUGGGCAGAAUGGAUUGGUUCCUUUGGGUAUCAUGGUUUGUAGAAACGAGUGUGCGGAGAACUGGUUCUUGUUCUUGAAUAAUCUCAAGCAUAGAUUGGCUGAUCAUCCCGUUGAGCCAAUCAACUUCAUAUCUGAUAGACAGAAGGGUUUGAGAGACGCUGUCCAAAAGUUGUUCCCUACUUCACCACAUAGGUUCUGCUUCAGGCACAUGUAUGCAAACUUCAAAAUGCACUACAAGGGAUCUAAAGUACACACACUAUUUUGGAAUGCUGCUAGAGCUUAUAAGCCUAAACACUUUCAGGCACACAUGGAUAGUAUGAUGUCAGAGAAUGUUAGUGCUUGUCAGUAUUUGAUGGGCGAGGAUCCUAAAAGCUGGUGCAGGGCCUUUUUUGACCACAAGAGCGCUUGUGAACACUUGAGUAACAACUUUUCUGAAAGUUUCAAUAACAUGAUAACCAACAUUAGGGAGAAACCUAUCUGCAAGCUAGUUUUGAUGUAUGGACAGCUAGUGAUGGGGCUGUUUUACAAGAGAAGAAAUGCUUGUGUUGGAUGGGAUUCUGGGGAUUUGGUUCCUACUGCCAAAAAAUUAUUGAAGAAGAUGUUUAAGAAAACAGGGGAAUAUAAGGUAGAAGGAGCGGUUGCUGGAAAGCUUUAUGAAGUCACAAGCAUACAUAAUACAAUAUUCACUGUUGACCUUGAGAAACAUACUUGCAGCUGCAUCCAAUGGCAGCUGAGGGGUUUCCCCUGUCAACACGCAGUCUGUGCUCUGCAGCAAAUCAGGCCCAAUUGGGUUGAGUAUUGUGCCAGAUAUUACUCAGUGGAUAACUAUAGGACCACCUAUUCCCCUGAUAUGGUGCCAUUGGAAGGGCCUGAGGACUGGGAUGAGCCAAGAACAAUUAUUGUUCCUCCAUUGCUCAUUAGGAAACCGGGCCGGCCUAGGAAGAACAGAAGGAAGGCCUAUAAUGAGACCCUAUUCGAGAAGAAAGUCAGGUGCUGCAGCAAAUGCAAGCUGCCUGGUCACAACAAGACAACUUGUCCUGGUGGUGCAAUUGGCUCUAAUACAAAGAGAAAUGGGUCUACAUCUGAAGAAGGCGGACUGGCAUUUCAAUCCCAAUCAUCAUCACAAGCUGGAAGUGCUGGUGGUUCUAUGCCUGCAACGAAGAAGCCAAGAAGAUUUACUUGA